AUGGCUCCUCACGCUGAAAUUCCCAUGUCUGAGAACGAGCAGUCUCCAGCUGUCCAGCAAAGUUUCAACGGUUUCAAUGCCGAUAGUUUGGCCCAGCAUCAACUACCAGAACUUGAGAAUGAGAACCGAUCACAUCUGCGAUAUACCCCCACCGAUGAGUUGCAUGACUUAGUAUGCGUGGGCUUUGGCCCUGCAUCUCUCGUCAUUGCUGUGGCUCUGCAUGAUGCUUUGGAGGGAAAUGACCCCACUCUCGAUAUCCCCAUCUUGCAAAACAGAAAACCAAAGGUCGCUUUCCUCGAGCGACAAAGCAAGUUCGCAUGGCACGCAGGAAUGUUGCUUCCUGGUGCUAAGAUGCAGAUCUCUUUCAUGAAGGACAUGGCGACCAUGCGGAACCCAAGAAGUGAAUUCACUUUCAUCAACUAUCUCUUUCAGAAAGACAGGCUGGUCGAGUUCACAAACUUGAACACAUUCUUGCCGGCAAGAAUCGAGUAUGAGGACUAUAUGCGCUGGUGUGCUGGUUGGUUCGACGAGGUUGUGCAGUACGAUCAAGAGGUCGUCAAGGUCAUGCCGGAGAAAUCUGCCAGUGGUGAAGUCACUUCGUUCGUUGUUUCGUCUCGGAACAGGCAGACCGGAAACAUUGAAUCUCGACGUACUAGGCAUGUUGUUAUCGCCGGAGGCGGUCGUGCAAACAUGCCUAAGCCGUUCCCCAGCAACCACCCAAAGAUCAUCCAUUCAUCUCAGUUCGCCAACAUAGCGCCUAAGCUGCUCAAUGAUCCCCAAUACCCAUACCGAGUUGCCGUUAUUGGAAACGGACAGAGUGCGGCCGAGAUCUUCGACUAUUUGCACUCGAACUACCCCAACUCGCGAACACGCCUGUUGAUCAAGCAAGGCGCACUUCGUCCCAGUGAUGAUUCACCUUUCGUGAAUGAGAUCUUUAACCCCGAAAGAGUUGACUGCACAUACGCUCGUGAGCCAGGCCUACGAGCGGUUUCCCUUAGGGAAGACAAGGCCACCAACUAUGGUGUUGUCCGCCUAGGAUUGCUAGAGCGCCUCUACGAGACACUCUACACCCAACGCAUUCAAUUUGGUAACGGUAAAGCAGAAGAGCAAUGGCCUCACAGGAUCAUGCCCUACCGUCUGGUGACAGACGUCCAGGCCUCUCCAGUAAUCAAGGACGGAGUCCGUCUUGAGAUUCGUGACCAGAGCCCACUCUACUUUUCCAACAUUCCCAACGACCGCGAGAGAACCGAAAUUGAGGACUUCGAUGCAGUGUUUGUCGCUACCGGAUACCAGCGCGAUCUCCAUGAGACGCUCCUUAAGGAUGCUCGACACCUUCUACCAGGCGGAGAACUUGCUGAUACGAAGUGGAGUGUCCAGCGCGAUUACCGCGUCAACUUCGUAGAGAAGAAGGUCAGUGAAGAUGCCGGAAUUUGGCUGCAGGGUUGCAAUGAGAAAACACAUGGCUUGAGCGACACGCUUUUGUCUGUCUUGGCAUCCAGGGGAGGAGAGAUCGUUAAGUCCAUCUUUGAGAAAGGUUCAAAGUGGGAGGCCACCAACGGAAUCAGCUACGAAGAACUUCGUGGUUAG